CAUUGUCGGUAUGGUAAAGAUCGUUUAUGUUCCCGGGAAAUGUAAAUUGUGGCGACCUCAUUUGGUGCUGCCGCCCUGAUAAACUCUUCGCAGUGUAUUUGUAAGCUGCUAGUGACUUGACAGUUGGAGGGAGCCAAGAUAAAGAUGAGUGAAGGUACUGAUAUGGACAGCUCUCUGUCUGUUCGACGCUCACUACGGAAUGCUGUAAAUCAGUCGCUGAUGAGUCAAGACGACACCACUAAUCGCAAGCGAGAUUCGCUGGAGGAGGAGGAGGUUGACACGGGGCUCACUGAUGGUCUGAGGAGGGCUAAGAGGAUCAAAAUAGAGCAGGCAGACGAUGAGUAUAGCGAUGAAGAAGAGGACAUUAUUGUAGCUUCCAAACGUGGGCGUAGCAGGCCAAAACAAAGGUAUUCUACGAAAAAGCACCCUCUUCAGAACAAGCAGCGGAGACACAGCAGUGGGGAAUUCCCCAGGAGGCGUGGCAAGGAGGAUUUCCCCGUGAGAAGGAGCACGCGAGAAAAGAGACUCAUUUUUGCAACCCUGAACACGGCAGACAUGUUGAAACAGAUCGAAGGGCAACAAGCCUUUCCCCUUUAUGAGACUGAGGAUUGGAUGGAUCCUUAUGAAAAGUUGCUUUCUCCUCGGAGAGAUCUUCGUCGGAGUAGUCGACAUCAUCAUGGUGAGAAAGACGGAGGUGGUGAGGCUAGUGAGGGUGGUGGUGGAGCCAGUGGAGGGAAGAGCUCUGGUAGUGAAGGCAAGAAAGGAGAGGAAGAUGAAAACAAAGAAAAACAAGAACAUGAAGGCACAGGAACGGGAAGCAAUGGCGACGAGUCUGGCAAAGAGGAGGAGGAGGGGGAGAGUGAUGAUGAGCAGUCUGAGGGAGAAGGGGAGGUCGGCUACUACCUCCGCAAGAGGAGGCCAGUCAUCUACCAGUACCAGCCAGUCUUGCAGGUGGUGGAGGAUGACACGCCUCCUAAGACUCGUCGGAGACAAAGAGGCGGGGGCAAUCUCAAACGCCCCUCCACUGCUUACAUCCCUCGGAAGCCGAGAGUGGAUGGAGCCAGGAAGAGACAAGCUCAGCAUCAUGGAAACUCAUCAACCUCUUCAUCAGGUACUGACUCAGAUGAGGCCAAGUUCAGGAGACGUAAAAAGAGGAGUAUGGCCAAGGCUCGCUCCCUUUGUCUUCCCAUGAACUUUGACCCUGAGGACGUGUCUACAGGGAGUGUGAUCCGGGACCGUUCCCGCAUUGGAGCCAGUCUGGCCGACGUCGACCCCAUGAGCAUUGACAGGGAGGUGACCUUUGACCUAGUGGGUGGCCACAAACACCACAUCCGUGCCCUCAAGGAAAUGAUUGUCUUCCCCCUCCUAUACCCGGAGGUGUUUGAGCGAUUCAAGAUCACUCCACCACGGGGGGUCCUUUUCUUUGGCCCCCCAGGAUGCGGCAAGACUCUGAUGGCACGGGCACUGGCCAACGAGUGCUCCAAGGGUGGGAAGAAAGUGGCAUUCUUCAUGAGGAAGGGAGCGGACUGUCUCAGCAAGUGGGUAGGAGAGUCAGAGAGACAACUCAGACUCCUCUUUGAUCAGGCAUACCAAAUGCGUCCCUCCAUUAUCUUCUUUGACGAGAUUGACGGGUUGGCCCCUGUUCGUUCCAGUCGUCAGGACCAGAUCCACUCGUCCAUUGUCUCCACGCUCCUCGCACUCAUGGAUGGACUCGACAACCGAGGGGAGAUAGUCGUCAUUGGAGCAACCAAUCGGAUUGAUGCAAUCGAUCCAGCCCUCCGAAGACCCGGGAGAUUUGAUCGAGAAUUUGUAUUUCCUUUGCCUUCAAGAGAGGAUCGUCUCAAUAUUCUCUCCAUCCACACCCGACUUUGGCAGCCCCAAUUAAAGCCCGCCUUCCUCUCCGAGCUGGCGGACAAUACUGUGGGAUACUGCGGUGCGGACCUGAGGGCACUUUGUACUGAAGCUACCCUGUACGCAUUGAGACGAAAAUACCCUCAAAUCUAUAAUACCACUCAAAAACUAGUCCUCGACGUUUCAUCGAUUAAUGUGCAAGCGUCCGAUUUCUACAAGAGCCUGAAGAGUAUUGUACCCACUGCACAGCGCUCUGACGCUUCAUCUGGUCGAGCCCUCGCCGAGAUUAUGAGACCCCUCUACCUCGAGACCCUGUCAUCUGCUCUCGCUCAGGUUGGGUUCAUUUUCCCCCCUGCAUGGAAGUUGGUCAAUAAAGCCGGCAAAGAAGUUCAAGGACUGCUGGAAAUUGAGGCAAAAUGCAGCGAAGAGCUCAAGACUAAUAUCGAGAUGUUUCAGAGUGCUGGGAGAAGAAACAGUGUCCUGGUUGAAACAAGUGCCGAGCUUCAUAGAGUCAACCACAGUGGUGUGAACAACUGGAGUGGUCAUGCUGACAAGAGAAGGUCUAGCACCUGCAAAACUGGAUCGUCAUCUCGACAGAAGGAAAUUAUUAGAAGCAGUCUGUUCAAGAUCGAUAAUCUAGAAGACAUUUACUUUGACCUGAGUGAAGUCGUUGAAGAUGAGACGCAAAGAGACAGCAUUUUAGUGGCUGAAGAAAAUUCCACAAGUGAUGUGGCAACUGUCAGCUUGAACGAAAGCAAUGAAAGAGCUACUGCCAUGUCUGCUGCUACAUCUACUCGCUAUUUAAGUAACUCCUCCCACCCACAUGCCACUCCCCCUGUAUAUCGUCCCCGGCUUAUUGUCUGCGGCCAAGGGGGGAUGGGUCAAAGUUCACACCUCGCCCCCGCCAUACUACAUGCUCUUGAGGACUUUCAAGUACAGACACUAGACCUACCCGCACUAUUCGCUGUGUCCACUAAGACCCCGGAAGAAGCUUGCGCACAAAUAUUCCGAGAAGCCAAGAGGCUAGCUCCGUCGGUGGUGUACGUGCCUCAGAUUUCGUCGUGGUGGGAAAUUGUCCCGGGGACAUUCCACGCCACGUUCCUUUCGAUUCUCUGCUCCCUCCCCCCGGACACACCACUCCUAGUGCUGGCCACAACCGAGUGCCCCUGGACUGACCUCCCUCCCCUCCUCAAGGACCUUUUCAGAGAGGUGAACAGUGAAGUGUUCACGUUGGCCCCGCCCUCUCGAGAGCAGCGGAUGAGGUUCUUCUCACGAGUACUCCUGGAGAAGCCACUCCUCCCACCGCCACCACCACCCAGGGCACCAACAGCUGAAGUGCUGGAAGAGCUCUCUGUUGCCCCGUCCCCGCAGUCGAGAAAACUGACCAAUGAGGAGCUGACAAAGAUCGAGAAACAACGAGAGGCCGUUUUACGAGAGUUGCGAAUAUUCCUGCGAGAUACAACCAAUAAGCUGCUCGCUGAGAGGAAGUUUAAAGAGUUUGUGAAACCAGUCAACCCAGAGGAGGUGCCUGACUACCACGAGAUUAUCUCUGUGCCGAUGGACCUGAGCACCAUUAUGAGAAAGAUUGAUGAGCAUCGUUACACCACCCCCAAACAGUGGAUGAUCGACGUCAACCAUAUCACCAUGAACUCAUUAGAGUACAACCCCGAGCAUGACUCUGAGAGCAGACUAUUACGACACAGAGCGUUGGCACUGCAGGACACAGCCAACUCCAUCCUUGAUCACGAGCUCAGUGAGGACUUUGAAAAGCAAUGUGAAGAAAUUGCUGAUACCUAUAAAAGACUAGGAAAAGACCCCAGUGAAUCUUCCCCAUUGAAAUAUGCUCAAAGAAGACGCGCUACAAGCCAGUCAGACGACCCACAUGCAGACCUCUACAAUGCCCCCAGACGCAGCCUCAGGCAGAAAGGCCUCCAGGCAGAGGAGAGAGGGUUCCCGUACUACAGUCCAUCCAAGAGCAGGCUGGUCAAACACGAGAGAGGGGCCUCACACGAUCACAUUAUGGACUAUGAACAGAGAAGCGGCGAAGAAGAAACUCAAGAUGAACUGACUUCACAGAGCGAACCUGCCAAGAUGUGUGCCUCAAAGAGACAUCCGUUACAAAACUCAAAUGUGCGCCGACAGAUCAUUCGUCCUUGGGAAGACCACUCCCCUUCACCGACACUACCUAAUGGCACCACAGAAUCGUCUGAGAUCCCUACAGUUGUUGAAUCAAGCUCUGUAACUACGGCUGCUGAAGCUUUGGUUGAAAUGGGGACAGGGACUCCACCUAAACUGAACGCAUUACAAGACGUGGACAGUACACGUCAUCAUGCAAGACUACCGAGUACUGAAGCUGUGGAUGUGAUUAUAGAACGAGGGAGACUGUUGGCUCUGUUUGAGAGAGUAGUAGUAGCCACCGAGGAGGCCAGCUGCGAGCAGAUGGAGAGGAUGCAUGCUACGUUUGAGCAUAUCGUGUUCAGACACAGAAUGACCACAAACCGAUCUGAACUACUAGUGGACUUGGAAUUGGCUGUUCACCAAACUUUGUAACUGAUGACUGUACAUAUGUCAUGUUAUAAACAUCAUUUAUGUCAUUACCCAAUUAUUCUCUAAUGCAACAUG